AUGGAAAAAUCGAUUGCCAAGGGUUUAAGCGACAAACUGUACGAAAAACGAAAGGCUGCCGCCUUGGAGUUAGAAAAGUUGGUCAAACAAUGCGUCUUAGAAGGAGACUAUGAUCGUAUUGACAAGAUAAUAGACGAGCUAUGCAGGGACUAUGCAUAUGCAUUGCAUCAGCCCAUGGCUAGAAAUGCAGGAUUAAUGGGGUUGGCUGCCACGGCAAUUGCUCUAGGGAUAAACGAUGUCGGCCGUUAUUUGAGAAAUAUUCUUCCUCCAGUUCUAGCAUGUUUUGGGGACCAGAAUGAUCAAGUGAGGUUUUAUGCAUGUGAGAGUUUAUAUAACAUUGCAAAGAUUGCUAAGGGUGAAAUACUGGUCUAUUUCAAUGAAAUAUUUGACGUUCUUUGUAAAAUUAGUGCUGAUACAGAAAACUCGGUCCGAGGAGCAGCUGAAUUAUUAGACCGUUUGAUCAAAGAUAUUGUUGCAGAAAGAGCAUCUAAUUAUAUAAGCAUUGUGAAUAAUGGAUCGCAUGGUUUGCUUCCAGCCAUAAAAACGGACCCAAUCAGCGGUGAUGUCUACCAGGAAGAAUAUGAACAAGAUAAUCAAUUGGCAUUCUCUUUACCAAAAUUUAUUCCUUUACUAACAGAGAGAAUUUACGCCAUUAACCCUGAUACGCGUGUUUUUUUGGUUGACUGGCUCAAAGUCCUGCUCAAUACCCCAGGUUUAGAGCUUAUAUCCUAUCUGCCAUCAUUUCUGGGCGGGUUAUUCACAUUCUUAGGUGAUUCCCAUAAAGAUGUCAGGACAGUUACACAUACCCUUAUGGACUCACUACUUCAUGAAGUCGACCGCAUUUCAAAAUUGCAAACUGAAAUCAAAAUGAAGAGACUGGAGAGACUGAAAAUGCUAGAAGAUAAAUACAAUAACAGUUCUACUCCAACCAAGAAGGCCGAUGGUGCACUCAUUGCUGAAAAGAAGAAAACUUUAAUGACUGCAUUAGGCGGGCUAUCCAAACCUCUGAAUAUGGAAACUAAUGAUAUUAAAUUAUCAAAUACUAAUGAGGCAGAUGAUGAAAGACAUCUGAUCAACCACGAACAGUUGCUGGAUAGCGAGGCAACUAGCCAAGAGCCCCUUCGUGACGGUGAAGAAUAUAUACCUGGCCAAGAUAUCAACCUGAAUUUUCCAGAAGUCAUUACUGUUUUGGUAAACAAUUUAGCAUCAUCAGAGGCAGAGAUUCAAUUGAUCGCAUUACACUGGAUACAGGUUAUCUUAUCCAUUUCUCCAAAUGUAUUUAUCCCUUUUCUUUCCAAGAUUCUUUCUGUACUUUUGAAGCUAUUGAGCGACUCAGAUCCGCAGAUUACUGAAAUAGCCCAGCUUGUCAACGGUCAAUUACUAUCAUUAUGUAGCUCAUACGUGGGCAAAGAGACGGACGGAAAAAUCGCAUAUGGCCCGAUCGUUAAUAGUUUGACUCUGCAGUUUUUCGACAGUAGGAUUGAUGCUAAGAUUGCCUGUUUGGAUUGGCUCAUUUUAAUUUAUCACAAGGCUCCGAACCAAAUUUUAAAACAUAACGACAGCAUGUUCCUAACUUUAUUGAAAUCGUUAUCCAAUAGGGAUACCGUAUUAAUUGAGAAAGCUUUAAGUCUUUUACAAAGUUUAUGUUCGGACUCAAAUGAUGAUUACUUACGUCAGUUUCUUCAGGAUUUAUUGACCUUAUUCAAGAGAGAUACCAAGUUGGUGAAAACUAGGGCAAACUUUAUCAUGAGACAAAUAUCUUCCCGUUUAUCACCCGAACGUGUUUAUAAAGUAAUUUCCUCGAUAUUGGACAAUUAUAAUGAUACAACAUUUGUGAAAAUGAUGAUUCAGAUUUUAAGUACAAACUUGAUAACUUCGCCGGAGAUGUCGUCAUUAAGAAACAAACUUAGAACCUGUGAAGACGGUAUGUUUUUCAAUAGCUUAUUCAAAUCUUGGUGUCCCAACCCCGUGUCUGUGAUAUCCUUAUGUUUUGUAGCGGAAAAUUAUGAGUUAGCUUACACAGUGCUACAAACAUACGCGAACUACGAGUUGAAGUUGAAUGAUCUAGUGCAGUUAGAUAUUUUGAUUCAAUUGUUUGAGUCGCCUGUUUUCACAAGAAUGCGGUUACAACUUUUGGAACAACAAAAGCACCCAUUUUUGCAUAAGUGCCUAUUUGGCAUACUAAUGAUUAUACCACAGUCAAAGGCAUUUGAGACAUUGAACCGAAGGUUGAAUAGUUUGAACAUAUGGACAUCCCAAUCUUAUGUUAUGAACAAUUAUACGAGACAAAGGGAAAGUAGUAACUUUUGUGACUCCAAUUCUGAUAUUUCACAAAGAUCCGUUAGCCAGAGUAAGCUACAUUUCCAGGAACUGAUUAAUCAUUUCAAGACCGUUUCUGAAGAAGACGAAUAUUCUUCAGAUAUGAUAAGACUCGAUCAUGGUGCUAACAACAAAUCACUUCUACUAGGAAGUUUUCUGGACGGUAUUGAUGAAGAUAAACAAGAAAUUGUGACACCAAUCUCGCCAAUGAAUGAGGCUAUUAACGAGGAAAUGGAAUCUCCCAACGAUAGCAGUUCUGUCAUAUUGAAGGAUUCUAGCAGUCUGCCAUUCAACCACAGUAUGUCCGAUAAAUCAAAAAAAUAA